CGUUGGCCAAUCAAAUUUGAUAAAAAUUGACUUUGACAGGUGGCAGGUGACGUAUGACGAAUACAUUUUCUUGCCAACGAAAUGGAUUUUUUAACAAAUUGUUAAUUGCAAAUAUAGGAGUUUUUAUAAACUAUAGUUCGUUUAAUCAGUGUAAUAAUUAAGUUGCUGAAUAAAUACUUUUCUCAUUAAAUAAUGCAAUAUAAACUAAGUGUUACGCUUGAUAGGUUCAUGUUCCACUAAAUGUACUGAAUUUUAUAUGAAUUAUAGUCACUAAAUUUAACAAAAUAGAAGAGUAUACAACAAAGUCGUUAAUAAUCAAUUGGCAAACAGUUUUUCCAAAAUGUCAACGUCCGGCGACUUUGGUAACCCGCUGCGAAAGUUCAAACUAGUUUUUCUCGGCGAACAGAGCGUAGGGAAAACCUCACUUAUCACUAGAUUCAUGUAUGACAGCUUUGACAAUACCUACCAAGCCACGAUAGGUAUAGAUUUCCUUUCGAAAACAAUGUACCUCGAAGAUAGAACGGUUAGACUGCAGCUAUGGGACACUGCCGGCCAAGAGAGGUUCAGAUCUUUAAUUCCUUCAUAUAUCAGGGACUCAACUGUAGCUGUAGUCGUCUAUGACAUUACCAAUGCGAAUUCGUUCCAUCAAACUUCGAAAUGGAUCGACGAUGUCAGAACGGAAAGAGGCAGUGACGUUAUUAUUAUGCUUGUCGGCAAUAAAACGGAUUUAAGUGAUAAACGACAGGUAAGCACGGAAGAAGGCGAACGCAAAGCCAAGGAACUUAACGUAAUGUUCAUUGAAACGAGCGCCAAAGCGGGUUACAAUGUCAAACAACUCUUCAGAAGAGUAGCAGCAGCUCUGCCAGGCAUGGACUCCACGGAGAAUAAGCCGCCAGAAGAUAUGCAAGAAGUCGUCUUAAAAGACACUCCCAAUGAGCUUAAGGAUCCCGAUGGUGGUUGUGCGUGUUGACUCUGUAUCUGUCUAAUGUCAAAAAUUAUCCACUUCUGUGCUUGACUGCGUAGGUACUGACACUGACCGUUCUGUAAAGUGACUACAAGCAAUGAUAAUCUGUAGCUAUUAACUUGGCUUCACUCGUCUUUAAAAGCAUAUUGAUUUUUGCUCGGGAUUGGACGAUUUUAAAUUUACUUACUCCUCGGUUUCCUAAUAAAUUAGCUUCUUUUCAGGUUUCAAACUCAUCUCCUCCAGUUUUUUUAAGAGUAAAAAAGUAAGUUUUAAGUGAAAAUUAAUAUUUUUGUAUCGAAUGUGAUUGUUUUUUUGAGCGUAUUUUUAACAAAUCUCAAAUUUUGGUGAUUUUUUCGUACUUAGUUUUAAGAGGACAUGCUUUUUGCACAAUUUCGAUUCGUAUUUUUUAGCUCAAGUAGGUAGGAUAUAUUCUAAAAUGGAGUGUUCGGUAUGCUUUUAGACAUGACGUGAGCCGAUUUCUGUUGGCUGCUUUAUAAUUCUUUUUCGUUUCUACAAUAAAGUCAAUUCGAAAACGUUUCUGGGGUUAGAUUUGUAUCUUUUUUGCGACAAUAAGGGGCUUUUGUAACGAUCGACUUAAUAUCUAAAUUUUCACUUUUAUAUUCCACAGAAGAUUUUGAUGUGUGUACAAUUUUAAACGGUAAUUGUAGCUGGAAUCUAAUCUCAGAAACCUAGGUGUUAAUUUUCACAACUUGAGGUUCACAAAAUAAUACAGGGUACCCAUUUUGCAAGUUAUCCAUAAAUUAACACGGAAAUAUAUAUACAGGGUGUUUUUUUAACAUGAUAUGACUUUUUUUAAAUUGGAAACCGUAAAAGAUUGAAUGGCAAAAAUGUAGCAUCUCUUAUAUUUUACGAGAUUACAAAUAGCAGUGCUUUACCAUUUCAAUGAUGGCGGGUGUGGUUUUCCAGGUUUUCCUCACCUGUAAGUCAAAUGACACCAUCAAUCAUCUUUAAGUCGCCCCGGAGCGCCACGGCAAAUAAUAAUAAUACCCGUUCCUUCCCCGGACAAGCUCAGUUGGCUUCAGGGGUUAAAAUUUUCUCGUAAAGGGAUGAAUUAGAGAGAGUAUUAUGGCGUUUCCUCAGCUUCAGUUUGUUUUUGUUUGUUGCUGUAUAAGCGUUUUCAGAAGAGCGAUGGUUGUAGCAAUUUGUCUUUUCUCUUUUUCUUUUAAAAGUUUCGCUUACUAUAAUAACUCCCGUUGCCGUUGAGCCUUUAACUGAUUUUCUUCACUUUUUCUUGUUUCUUCAGAUUUUGCUUGUAGUAAAGCAUAUUUCUUAAGUUUUGCAUCAAAUUCUUUCCCCCUUUUGGAGUUUUUUAUUUCUUCAAACUCAGUUUCGAAGGC